AUGGUGAGAGCUAGAACUUGCGCUAACCGGCUGUACGUCGGGAAACUUCCAAGGAGGAUGUCGCAACGCCAAGUUCAGGUAUAUUUUUUAAAAGGAAAAGGAAAAUUUGAUACAAAAUCAACUUACAAGGAAACUUAUUUUCCUUUGCGCUCUGAAAAUCGGUCAAAACACUUUUUAAUUUAUCAGAUGAAGACCCUGAAAGUCUUAACCUGAAAAACUUCCUAGUUUUUGAGAAAGGACGCCUUGAAGUCCAAGAAAAUACUGAAAAUCCGUUAAAAUGGGCUUCGAGCGCUCAUUUCUUGAAAACUAGAAAGUUAGGCAGGUUGAGGCUUACAGAUUUUUCUUCUGAUACAUCAAGGAGUGUUCUGGCCGAAUUUCAGGAAAUUCCCAAGUAAAAUAACCUCCUUGUGAGUCGAAAAAAAAAACGAAAUUUGGCGAUUUCCCACAGUUAUCAUAGUAUUUUUGAGGCGCCUCAAGGGCCAAAAAUAAAAAAAUAUUUUCGAUAAAAAAAUCUUCCUGUCUGCCAGAAAAUGGAAUAAUUCCAAUAUUUCUUCUCUAUUUAUAUCUGUUCAAAAAAGGGCUAGAAAACUCGGGAUAGUUUAUUUUCUUCUAUUGUUUUGCUCAUAGUUCUCCCAAAGUUUCUACGAUUUUUCGACUUUGGCAAGAAGUUUCUAAACAGUAGAAAGGCCGCUUUUGCACAUGUGCCCUAUUGUUUCUUCCGACAAAAGACAGGCCGAUGGGAUAAACAAAGGCGGAUCGGACAUUUGGCUUAUUUUUGCGGCCAACUUUCGAUUUCUUGCCACUUUUCUAGAGUUUUCUCCAAAAAAGUCGUAGUCCUUAUAUAUUUAUCCGCCUUGAGACUCACCGUACAUCAAAAAAAGUUUCAGUUUACGAUAAGGAACCUAUUUUUCCAAAAAUUGUUGAUUUUUCGGAAACUUCUGUUUACUAGGAAAUCAAGAAACGAAUAAUCAAGCCAAAAAAUGGAUCUUUUCAGACUUGCCGCUUCAAAAUAGCCUUUUCUUUAACAAGUUCCUUUUUUAGCGUUAAUAACUCCUCUCUCAGAUCACCUUGACAAUUUUGAAGCUCAGAUUUGAAACCAGCACCAAAAAGGAAUCUUUAAUCAAAAGUCCAACUUGGUGUCGAUAUUUUUGGCGCACAAUAUAUAGUCAACUAAUGAUGUCGCCUCAUUAGUGUACCUGCACUUGGAAUAUUCCGAAGCCUUUCCUAGUAAAACGGCAUAAAUUGUUGUCUACCUUCUGCUCAUCGGUAUCCAUCGCAUUCUUGUCAUUUUCUCUCUUCAAAACAACAUUUUUAGAAUAUUUUAGUUAUACUAUACCUCAUAGGUAAAUCUUUUUCGAAGUUUUACUCUUUUGGAACGCCAGAAUGGUCCCUAGAGGGGUCAGGUAAAAGAAAUUCCUUAUAGAGGACAAAGUAGGGCUAUAAGGGCUUCCAGUCUGACCCUUAGAGCUUGUGUGGCUCAUUAAGAGAUCUUUUAACUUUUUUCUUUUCUGAUAAAAGUGAAAAAGACCUGUAGACUUGAUCGAUUCGAUUAAUCAUCUUUUACUAUUUUUUCUGCAUGAAAACGAGCAAUAGAAAUAGCCUAAACUGAAGCCGUUAAGGGGCCACUUUUGUCAGCUUCAGGGACCCUAUAGUGGUCAGUGAGGUAUUCUCUAGAGGCAAACCUUCAAGGUCCCCUCUAGUGAUCACUCAAGAAGUCAAAAACCACUUCUUUCCUGUGACGGUUUCCAGUAGAUCCUAUUUUUGGCUCAGAUAAUUGAAAAUGCCACAAAACAAAAAUGACCAUAAAAUCCCUAGAGUGGUCACUUUAUCAAGCUUCAGUGCCCCUAUAGAAGUCCGUGAGUAAGGUCUCUAGAGGGAAACCUUCGAGAGCCCCUUUAGGGGUCACUCAAGAAGUCAAAAGUUGUUUCUUUUCUUAUGCGAAAGAGCCUAUUAUUUGGAAGUAGUUCUCGGUAGAUUUUAUUUUUGGCUCAGACAAAUGAAAAUGGCCAUAAAACCUCUAAAGUGGUAUUUUAAUCAAGCUCAGUGCCCCCUAUAGGGUCACUGAGUAAGGUCUCUAGAGGGAAAUCUUCAAGUGCCCUCUAGGGAUCGCUCAAGAAGUCAAAAAUCACUUCUUUUCUGUGACGAUUUUCAGUAGCCUAUAUUUUUGGCUCAGAUAAAUGAAAAGUUCACAAAAUCGGCAUAACUGCGAAACAUUGCACGAUCGAUGCGUCACCGUGACAUUUCGCGCAGCUCUCACCGUAUCCCAUUAGAUCGGGCGACAGACGAUGAAUCAUAUUCUUCCUUGUUUUUGGACUUUUUGGAUCUGAGUGGGCGUCCAGACACGUGAUAUUCGUUCUAGGAAAAAUUUAAAUGAUGGUUUGAACAUUUUUUGAGACACUAGCAAGAAUCGCAGAGCGUUUCAAGCCAUUCUCCAUGCGACCAGCUUUGAAUAGACUAUACUAUCAAAUGAGCCUUUCUUUCUCGAGUUUAAACAAAUUAUUCAAUGAGUCAAGUAUAUAGUCUGUUCAGAUUUUGAAUGUCAUGUCGUCGCUCAAGCUCCGCCCCUAAUGGUGCGAUAAACCAAUCAAAGAGCGAGCCACCCACAGAGUGUUUUUGAAUGACGUCAUUGCACUUGACAUUAUGAUUUAUUCUCCAACCGUCUCAUUUCUCUGCGCCCUCUUUUCUAGCCGACGAGGGAAAAGAGAGCGCAGACCGAUCAGACAGUUUAAGAUCAAAGAUAACAUUUCAUAACAUGUUUUUAAUGACUCACUUGAAAACAGAAAAUUAUUCCGCACCAGUUCCCGUAACGACAUUUCGAGCGUGUUUUUAAGAAACUCCUUGAAGCGAAAUAAAAAAUAUUCUGAGCCUACAGUAUGGUCGAAUGCUUCGGCAAUGAAUCACCUUGUUUAUCAAGAUCUUCCCAUUUCAAAUCUUAAAGAUCUGGGCAUUUUUCUCUUGGCUCUUUUUUUUUGAUCCUUUUUUGAUUUUCGUAGACCACUGAAAAAAGGUUAAUAUUCCUACUUUUGGUCGCAUGGGGAAUGGCUAGAACGGCUCUAAGCGUCGCGGUCGCGUUGCGGCUAGAGAAUCGUAGUCUCGAGCCAUUCCACGUGCGACCAAGUUGAGGUGGAUGGAGAUUUUCUCUUCAUCACUUUUCAAACUUUGUCUAUCCUUCUCAAAAUUCAGAAUCUUGUAGAAAUAAGAUUCAAACUCAAAAAAUGGUUUCAUACCGUCUUCUAAAACUUUUCUGAUACUUUUUUUAAAUUUUCGAGCUGUUCAUCAAGACCCAGGGUGCAAAAAAAACCACUUCUGUGGGUGAAAUUUCGAAUCAUAAAGCCUUUUCUGACUGACGCUCAUCCAAUAAUUAUCCAUUUUAGGAACUUCUGAACAGAGCUUGCACUCCUCUGAGGAUCGAGGUGGAGAUUCUGAUGGCUGACAAUCAGGAGAGAAACCGCGGCUACGCCUUCGUCCAGUUCCAGAGCGAACAGGAAGCCGAAGCCGGCCAGAGAAUGCUCGGCUCGACUGAGGUCUUACUGUGGUUACUGUAGGAAAAUAAUAAUCACUUUUUCUCACUGUUUAAAGGAGCAUAGGAAGAUUUUAUCUUCAAUUUUGCGGUCACAGUUACAGUAGUACGUCUUGAAAUUCCAAAACAGCUUCUCAUGAUAGGUGUUAAAGUAAGCCACGCCCUCUAGCUGCGCCUUUAAAGUGCCAUUUCUUCAUAGUUCAUUCAGAGCAGCUUUCAAAGCCAAUUGAGGAGAAAAGUCAAAAAAAAAUCUUAUUAAAGGCGCAUACGGCAAAAAGGGCUUAUUAAAGGAACAGAAGAUUAGCAAGUUCAUAAUAGAAGACAAUAACUUAUUGAAGGCGCAGAAGAAAAAAAGCAUAUUAAAGGCGCAAAAGUCUAGAAAGCUUAUUACAGGCGUAGAAGACAAAAAUCUUAUUAAAGGCGCAGAAGCUGAGAAUUUAGUUUUUCAUGCCAAUUUUUGGGCUUUUCCAGCACACCGAAACGAAAAAACUGUACUCAAGGCGUGACCAGAUAAUUUCUAGCCUAAAAAUCCAACUUUUUAUACUUCUCUAAUCGAUUUUAGCCCACUUAUUCAUCAUCUACAACUUUUUAGGCACAAAUGAGCCUUCAAAAAAGGUAAUUUUACAUGGGUAACUUGUGGUGGACUGUCAGAUUCCUCAUUGAUUGAUUCAUUGAUUUUUUCCCAUGAUUUCAUGAAAAAUUCAUUUUUCGGAUAAUUUUCCUUUCUUAGGCUUUCGGAAACCGGCUGUUCAUUGGGCCAGCCCUGCGCGAGUUGGAGCCUUCCGAGGAGCUCAUGAGACAGGUUUUUUUGAUUCAGACCUUUCUGGAACCUCUUGAGGAAGCUUGUAGCCACAAAAGUCAACAAUUUUUAAGGUUAGACGGAAAAUUUAGGUUUUUUUCGGCCCUAGACCCAUUCACAGUUCACUUGAAAACGAAAAUUUCAUGGUUCUUUUGGUAAUUCUCCAAACUUAAAACAGUUAUAGCUGAUUCACGGCCAGCUUGGGACCCUAAGGAAGCUUGGGACCUUAAGGGGGCGUUUCCUGUCUGCGCUCUCCACGAGCCAGGCGCUAUAUCGUGCAUUAUCGUGUCAGGACCCUUGUUUUCGAUGGCUCAAGCCAGCCGUGAAUGGGCUAUAAUUCAACAUUUUUUUGAUCAGACUUUUUUUUUUAAAUCUCUGGACAACCUUCUAACUUCCCUUUUGACGAAAAAAAAAAUAUCCAUUUUUUGUUUCAAUCGGCCCUUUUCCAAGCUCCGAUGCCUUAUUUUAGUUCAUUUUGGAUAAUUUCGAGACAGAGUUUUGAUUUAUCCGAAUUCCAGAGCUGUAGUCUUCACAUCCGUGGCGUUUUCUCCGAGACAACUACCACCGUUGAGCUCACUGAGCACUUUGGCGGUGUCGAAGCGGUUUUCCUCUCAUUAUUUCUGAUCAAGGAUGACAUAAGUGUUCUAGGGAAUCGCGUCCUGCAUCCUCGGACGCAACUACGCGUUCAUCAACUGCACCGAGAGGGCCAAGGCUGAGGAACUCGUGGCCAAGUUCUCGGGGACUGACUAUGUGAGAUUCGUGAAGUGAUAACAUUUACGAAGCUUCUUUUUCCAGAAAAAUGUCCCUUUGAACAUUCGCUUCUCGCGGCCGCGUAUUAGUUAUCAUAAAGCUUUCACGAGGUUCGUCUAGAAGUUUUUAGAAUUUUUGAAAUUCAUCGAAAGAGUAAGGCUUUUGAGGUGUUGAGGGCGACAACAGAAGUAAUUCUGGGAAAAUUUUUAGUGGCCACUAUAGGGAUUUGACGUUUUAGUGGCCACCAUAGUAGUCAAACUUGUGGCCACUUAAGGGGCUGAAAAUUAGUGACCACUAUAGAGAUCUAAGUGCUACUACCAGACCACUAUAAAUUUUGGUGGCCACUUUAGAGGUCAAUGGAUCAACAUAACUGGUCCAAUCUGUUUGUUUUAAAAUUAUCAGAAUUACUGGAAGGAAUAUUGGAUGAAAAACUACUGGAGUGGCCACUAAAACGGAAAAUAGAGACCACUAUAGAGGUGGGUUUAGUGGCCACUUUAGUGUCCUCUCCAGGUAAUCCUUGUCGAGCCUCUAUAGUGGCCACUAAAAAUUUCAAUAAAAAGGAAAGUUCUGGAAAUUGUUUUUCGGGGUUCAGUAGUUGAUCUUGAGAAGCCAAAAGAGCUCAAAAUAAGGACCAAACUUUCAGCGAGGAAGAGAACACGGUUCCUCUGGCUCACUUCAUGGCCGGAACGGCGUCUCCAGCUCCUCUGGCCCUUCCAGCUCCUGUAGCUCUUCCAGCUUUUGCAGCUCCUCCAGCUCCUGUGGCUCUCCCAGCUUUCCCACCUCUUGCAGCUACUCCAGCCCCUCCAGCUCAGCCAGCUCCGCCAGCUCCCCAGCCGCCUCUGAUCUUCCCUCAGCCAUUCAACCUGCCGCCUCACGCCCCGCAGCUCCCGAUCGCUCCCAUGCCCCACCCGUUCCACCCUCUCAAUGCCCAGCAGCUGCAGUUGCUCGGCCUCAACCCGGAUGUCUACAUGCACUAUUACAAUCAGAUGUUCACGACCUUCUGGCAGGCCCAGCUUCAUCAGGAGCCCAUCACUCCCAAAAAGGUACGUUCAGAAGAAAGAGAAAAGCUAGAGCUUCCAUGAAAGGUUCAGAAAGAAAAUUGAUAUUUACUUGUCUAGUUUGAACGCAGCUGAACGUUCUCUGUUCAAAAUGAAGCUUGGAAUUUUUGCAGGCUCUCGAGAUUUUGUGCGCCAACGACCGUCUCCCGGAACCUACCUACAAGACUCACUUCGACGUCGUGUCCAAGCUUUACUCGACCGAGGUCUUUUUCAUUUUUGGCACGGUCUAAGUGUCAAAAAGUGUAGGAAAAAAGUCGCAGAACCUCUUUUGCGCGGAUUUUUGAGCCUGAAGAAGUGAAAAUGAGGCAAAAAGUGCCAAUAGUGGCUGAAAAAGGUACUUUCUACUUUACCUAAGAUACUCAUAAACUAGAUCGAAGUAGUAGCAUAUAAAAUUAUGACCCUAGCUUGAUUUUCUGCCGUUUUUGAUCAAUUUGAGACAUUUACAAGCCCAUUUUGUGUUUCGACUACUUGAAAAUGCGUCAAAUUUGAAAAAUGUCCUAAGGUCAAAAAACUUCCAGACCAUUCUACCCAUUUUACUACAUUUUUGGUGUUAGAAAUGACUCGACACGGCGUUUUUUCGACGUCGCCACGCACACUUUUUCUCCGUAAAGUGUCGUGUUUUGUGUGCACGUACUGCGCCGCUUUCGCGCAGAAAAUUGCGUUUUUGUAGAAAAACUUCGAAUCGUCUAAAAGACCUCUGGCACUAAGGUGACCUGCGCCUUUAAUAUGCCCUGUUAUUUUGGCUCCACCCACCUUUUUUUGGUUUCUUCGCAUUUUCUUCCACUAAAAAAAACGCUGUGUCGAAUCGCUAUUAAAAAAAAAGACAUUAAAUAAUCCUGACCUCAAAAAAGGAACUGAAAAUACAACAUUCUGAUACGAAAAAAAAAAUUUUAUUCUUACGGUAACUUUUUUUCUGCUGUACUUCAAAUACAUGAAUGUCUAGCACUUUUUCUUACGUCUCAUUGGCUUCCUUAUAAGCUAGAUUUCAAAAGAAAUUUGUCCUGUAACUGCAAACUCGACUUUCAGAUCAACAUCGGGUUGAUUCGCAUCCAGGGACCUCCCCAGAACUCCGGUCAAUCGGCUCAGUUCAGCGCGAUCGCUCAAGCUCUCCAGUUGCCUUUCGGAAGGCCCCCUUUCCAUUUCUAA